CCCACUCUUGACACAGACCAGACGUUUCAACUUUUUCUAUCAGUUGCGAGUGAGCUGCUACAGCAAGGAAGUAUCCCCAGCUGAGAUAUCCACACCGGAGACAAAAGAGUCGAACGCUUUUUCCCUUCCUUCACCCAACCUAUAUUUUGAAGGAUCUGUUUUUACAAGGCGGAACCACUAUUCUUUCGAUGUUGACAUCGUCGUUUUCUGAUUAAAAAGACACCGUGUGGGCUCUAAUCUUUUGCGUUUUGGAGGUGUGAGAAGUUCAAAAGUGGAUUUUCAGAUAUUUUACUGUUAUUGACAACUCUUAUGUCCCGCUACUAAAGCGGUUUAGGACAUGUCCGAUUCGUCCAGACUACAAAAUCGGUCCAAUGGCACGACCACCCUAAUUGAGAGAGGGAAAAGCGGAGAGUCGCAUCCCGGUGGCGGAGCAGCCUCCCGUGCCGAACCGUCUGACAACCCCCAGUCCUGCGAAGGGGACCAGCAGUCACGGGGAGGAAUAAUGAUUCCGAAUAGUCUGCUUGGUUUCCAGUCGAGGUCGCCAGUGUUCAGAACACUGUCCAGGUCCUCCAGUGGAUAUUUUUCGUUCGACAGCGAUUCUAUUCCAAGCUCCCCGCUAUUGAAAGAUAACAAGUCGACACAGACUCCGAGCCCAUCUAGCCAAGCCAUUACCCACGCACUGCAGCGCAUGUCUCGAGCACUGGAGACCCGGCGAGAUUAUGACGUGUGGCCCAACCCCCUCCGGCCCUAUAGAGCACGCCCACCACCGACUGCGGGGGACAUGCGGUCAGAGAUACUCAUCGGUCAGGAGCUUCAGCGCAUUGGAGAUGAGUUUAACAACCUCUUCAUACAUGCGCACCUUGCAGGCGGAAACGGUCAGGUUGCCCAGGGAAACCUGCAGCAGAUGCACCAAGAGCCCGCCUUCCUACUGUGGAUGGGUCUUCUGAUUGGACGACUAUUACAGAUAAUCCUGCGGAGAAGAUGAUUGACAGACAGAAGCCCCAAUCCCAUCCUCUGGAGCACCCAGCAGGAACAUACUGUAGAACCUGGGAGAAUUCUGUUAUAGACCCUAUACAUAUAUGAAUAUGUAAAAUUGUCACAUUUUCAGAAUGGACUCUCCUUCAUAUGUGAACCUUUACAACUUUGUCUUGAUGGUUUUUGACCUUGAAUGGCCUCAGGAUUCCCUGGUCCAGCAUAAAUUGGGAUAGGGAAUCUGUAAUGCUUUGGGAAUACUUUCUUUGGAAAUUCUACAACACCUGGAAUUGUGCACCUAUGUUUCCUGCGCGGAUCUGGAAAGCUGAGCCUAAUCAAAGAACCAAAGAUGGAGUGUCCCAUUGCGGAGCGCUCACAGGGAUAACGCUGUGUGGAUAAGGCUUUGUGGAGGUUACAUGUACCUUGUACAGCUUCUCUUUUUCUUUGCUACUGCGCUAUUUUCUUUCUCUGUAUUUGUUUGUUUCUAAGUGUUUGUGAGUUUACCCAUGGUCAGAUGUGUAGAGUCUGCGCUGUGUCUGUUCCUCCUGGUCCUCAUGGCAACUCACUGUUUCCCUCCCAAAACGAACCUGCAAUUCUGGUUGGAUGCAGUCGGUUCCAUUGUCGGUUCCAUGGACCCAGAUGAAGUCUGUUUAAUGGAGAGUCUCCAUUGAAAGUGUUUUUAAGUCCAGUAGUUUUAGACAAUGAUUCAGUGUGCACUCCAAUAGUCUUUUUAUUAACCCUUUAGGUAUAUUAACCUCGAGCAAUAACUGAAGAUGACAUUUUUUUAAAUGUAUUUCCUUUCCAAACAUAUUCAGUAUUAAGAGCAAUAGCAUGGAUGUUAGUAGUCAUUGUGAGAACAGAAAAAAAACAUUUGAUAGCAACUACAAUGCCUAAAAGAAUGAGAUAUAAUGAAAUCCAAGUAGAUCUACAUGAAUUAGGGCAAACAAUGUAACUUCUUGAAACAACGUACUUUACUGUUGUCUCAUUUGUUUCCCCCCGCCCUUAUCAGCUGUCAAACAUAAUUCCUGUUAUCAUUUAGCCUCUGGUUCGGACCUGCUGUUGUCAGUGCUUUGUUAGCCCAGCUGACACUCAUGUUGGCCCAGACAAGUCUAGUGCAGUGUUGCUAGGUCAUUAAAAGCUCAUAGAAGCUUUGCUGGAAGAGAACCAAACUCUGAGCCGACAUUAGCCAGAGGAACAGGCCUAGAGAGACAGGUUUGAAUGGGUGGGAUCACUCACAAUGCUUGAGAACUUAGAUGGAUAAACAGUGAGAAAAACCACCAAAUGUUCUUGACAAAAUUCUUGAAACAUUUUUGUAUUUCUGAUCUGUGGUAGAAUGAAUGUUUAAAAAUAUAUUUUAAGAAAGUGAAGUAGGGUUACUUUGGAUGUUACAUGUUAAUUGUUACCACAUUCUGCACCAUGGGUUUUACAUUGUAUGUGUCCCUCAUGUGACCUAAAGAUUGAUUAUACUGUCAUUUUGCUGGUUGGUUCCUAUUGUAAAGUACAGUAUUGGUGUGGUUCAGUCCAACUACCUUGGUCACCCUUUUGAUUCCAAUGGCUCCUAUCUGUCAGUCUGUUGGUAUUUGAUGUGAAAACCUAUUCCACACCCACAGUUCAAUAAACAUUAUCCAGGAAAUUGCAUGUUGACAGUAUAACAUGUGAUGAUGAAAGCCUAUCUUUAAAAUAGCAUAGCACUUACAGAUCAUUCAAGGUUUUAUGUGCCAAAAAUCUGCCUUUUACAUUUAUUUAAAAAAAUGUUUUGCUGACCAUGUAGAUGAAAUGUAAGGUUGAUGGUAUUGUUUGAUGACAUUUUUGCAAACCCAAUUUUGAGAAGUGCAUGAUGUGUUUCAUUCUGUCAUGUUUUUCUUGGUACCAACAUUUUACUGCUCUGCCAUGUUUUAUAUCUUGUAUGACUGUCUAUUAUUUUUUGGUGUUGCCAAAUGAAACCAAAAACCUCAUUUCAAAGUACUGUAUCUCAGAAGGGUGUAUGUUGUCGUGUCUAGAGAUGCUUUCCAAGAGAACAACUGAAAGCUGAACUGUCACCUUCUGAAACUGAUAUGGAAACUUCUCCGACAGUCAGCCAAUGGUUCCAUGUACUCUAGAUAUAUAUGUGUUGAGUGAAGGCAUGGUCCAUACUGUCCAUCCAUCCUAAUGGGUAGAGACCAUAAAUAGGAAUAGCAUUUUCCCCAGACACAUCAAAAUUCCCAAGUUGGAUCCAUACAUUUUCACCAGUGUCAUCUUGGUGGAGGAAGUGCAGGUUUGUACCUCUUGCACAAUUAUUACUGUACCCAGAAUUCAGUCUGUUCAGGACCCUUUUGCACUCUGUGCAGACAGACAGAAAUUGAUCUAUCUGACUCACAGGACCCAGUACAUUUGUAGCAAAAUGUCAUUGUUAUUUUUUAUAUUUUCUAAUUUGCACUGAAAGAUUGCAAUGUUGUGAUUUCAAAUGUGCAAUACUGCUGUGCCUGUAAAAAGCCUUUUUUCAUCUUUAAAAAAAUCUGGAAUUUUCUUUCAUUGUUGAUUAAACCACAUCCUUUUUCAUGAAAAUCAAUAAGCCACUGUCAUUGUUCUAUAACUAUAACCACACAUAUUGCAGUCAUAAUGAAUUUGACACAGGCAAUUCAAAGAAAGUGUGACUAUCUUUUUUACGCAAAAUGUUUUUUUACAUACAGUUGAAGUCGGAAGUUUACAUACACCUUAGCCAAAUACAUUUAAACUCAGUUUUUCACAAUUCCUGACAUUUAAUCCUAGUAAAAAGCUUUUACUUCUUUCAUCACAUUCACAGUGGGUCAGAAGUUCACAUACACUCAAUUAGUAUUUGGUAGCAUUGCCUUUAAAUUGUUUAACUUGGGUCAAAUGUUUCGGGUAGCCUUCCACAAGCUUCCCACAAUAAUUUGGGUGAAUUUUGGCCUAUUCCUCCUGACAGAGCUGGUGUAACUGAGUCAGGUUUGUAGGCCUCCUUGCUCGCACACACUUUUUCUGUUCUGCACACAAAUGUUCUAUAGGAUUGAGGUCAGGGCUUUGUGAUGGCCACUCCAAUACCUUGACUUUGUUGUACUUAAGCCCCAUUUGUGACCAAGCUUUAACUUCCUGACUGAUGUUUUGAGAUGUUGCUUCAAUAUAUCCACAUAAUCUUCCAUCCACAUAAUCUUCCAUCCUCAUGAUGCCAUCUAUUUUGUGAAGUGCAUCAGUCCCUCCUGCAGCAAAGCACCCCCAUAACAUAAUGCUGCCACCCCCGUGCUUCACGGUUGGGAUGGUGUUCUUCGGCUUGCAAGCAUCCCCCUUUUUCCUGCAAACAUAACAAUGGUCAUUAUGGCCAAAGAGUUCUAUUUUUGUUUCAUCAGACCAGAGGACAUUUCUCCAAAAAGUACAAUCUUUGUCCCCAUGUGCAGUUGCAAACCGUAGUCUGUCUUUUUUAUGGCGGUUUUGGAGCAGUGGCUUCUUCCUUGCUGAGUGGCCUUUCAGGUUAUGUCGAUAUAGGACUCGUUUUACUGUAGAUAUAGAUACUUUUGUACCCGUUUCCUCCAGCAUCUUCACAAGGUCCUUUGCUGUUGUUCUGGGAUUGAUUUGCACUUUUCACACCAAAGUACGUUCAUCUCUAGGAGACAGAACGCGUCUCCUUCCUGAGCGGUAUGACGGCUGUGUGGUCCCAUGGUGUUAAUACUUGCGUACUAUUGUUUGUACAGAUGAACAUGGUACCUUCGGGCGUUUGGAAAUUGCUCCCAAGGAUGAACCAGGGAAAAAAAUUCUGAGGUCUUGGCUGAUUUCUAUUGAUUUUCCCAUGAUGUCAAGCAAAGAGGCAUUGAGUUUGAAGGUAGGCCUUGAAAUACAUCCACAGGUAUACCUCCAAUUAACUCAAAUGAUGAGCAGCUUCUAAAGCCAUGACAUCCUUUUCUGGAAUUUUUCAAGCUGUUUAAAGGCAUAGUCAACUUAGUUGACUGUGCCUUCUGACCCACUGGAGUUGUGAUACAGUGAAUUAUAAGUGAAAUAAUCUGUCUGUAAACAAUUGUUGGAAAAAUUACUUGUGCCAUGCACAAAGUAGAUGUCCUAACCGACUUGCCAAAACUAUAGUUUAUUAACAAGACAUUUGUGGAGUAGUUGAAAAACUAGUUUUAAUGACUACAACCUAAGUGUAUGUAAACUUCUGUCUUCAACUGUAUAUGUCUUCAUUUGUGUAAAUCAAUUCUCAAAACGGUCUCUAUUUUGGUUCAAGUGAAAAUAGGGCAGACUAUUUAUUUAUGUAACCGUGUAAAAAGAGGACUCUUUUCUUCUGUGUGGCGACUAUGCUUAUCUCUGAUCAUCUGCAGGACACGGAAAGUAUGGUACCUUCCCCAACUUGGCACAAACCACCCAAGAUAAUUAUGCAUCCCAUAUUCAGCCAGUCAGUGGCUGCUUCACGAGUAUGUGAUUUUCACGAGUAUGUGGUACAGGUUGCCUAGUGGUUAGAGCGUUGGACUUGUAACCGGAAGGUUGCAAGAUUGAAUCCCCGUGCUGACAAGGUAAAAAUCUGUCGUUCUGCCCCUGAACAAGGCAGUUACACUGUUCCUAGGCUGUCAUUGAAAAUAAGAAUUUGUUCUUAACUGACUUGCCUAGUUAAAUAAAGAAAAAGAAAAUAUUUCACAACUCAUAGUACAAAAAUCCAAACUGGUCACACUUGUAAUGCUGCCAGUCUUUCAUUCGAAACCUCUCAUUGUGCAUUCAUUUGGAUCGUAAACAUCUUUCACCACACAACCAUUGAUUUAUAAUAUAAGUUUGUGAAAUGUAAUCGAACAAGAACAUUGGAUUAAUCACCAAAACACAACCAUCUCUUUUCAAUUUAGUUUUAACUACCAGUUAAUCCAAUAGCAAACAAUGCAAGAUAUGUGUUUCAAAUUUCCCUUAGAAGUGCUGAAAGUAAUAUGCUACAGUACUGUAAAUUACAGUUUUCACAUUAGACAAUAUACUUACAUUACCCAACAAAAUUUACAGAAAAUCUAUAAUUUCCAUUAUAUCUAUCUGUCUAAUCAAAGGUGUGCUCAAUGAAGACAUCCUCUACGAUCAUUCAUGCAAAUGUUGUAUUUAUUUAUUAUUCAGAUAUAAUUGCAACAUAGGUUUACUGUCUGUAAUCAAAUGUAAGAAAUUAAAUGAAACAAAUUAAAUGAAUGAAAAUAAAACCUAACAUUUAGCACACAUUAAUUUGCAUCAAUCCUGUCUUGAGCAUUUGGCCAUAAAUUCUCAUCCACAUCACAGUGAAUGUCCUCAUUGUUCAUGCA